UUAGCAAUGAGGAGCAGUCCAGCCAAACACACACCCACACACAAUAAUAUAUAUAUAUACAUAUACAUGUAUAUUUAUAUUCUUAAAGAGAGUGAGAGAGAGAGUGAGUUUGUGAUUGGUUUUUGUAAACCUUGCUUUGCUGUGCUGUGUCUUGGAGAGUUGGGUGUUGGCUCUGCUUGUGCUUGGGUAACCUAAAACCCUUCGAAGGGCAAAGCCCUAACUUGACUUCCUGGCUCACAGACAGCACAAGAAGAAGAAGCAGAAGGAGGAAGGAGACAUCGUCCUAAGAUCGGCUAUGGUGGGUGCUGCUCUGCUUAGAGCAGGCUGGAAGCAAGCAUGCAGCAGAGCUACGAUCUAUCCCUCACGUCAUAUUCCAAAUGCUCUGGGGCAACAACGAUGGGCUACUCAAAUAUCACCCAAUUACAAGGGACUGAAUCGACCUGCUCAUGCUGAGGAGGAGAAGCCCAUCGAGAAACCUGCGCCAGUGGUCUACGAAGGUGUAAUGGCUGAUACACUUCGGCGUGUCAAACUUCUCUCCCUGACCACGUGCUGUUGUUCAGUCGUCGGUGGGCCAUUCGUGACUUUUUUCACAUCCCCGGAGUUAUCAGUGAUAGCAAAGGGAGGAUUAGCAUCCCUUGUGGUCCUACUUAGUGCAUCCACGACAGGUGCCCUGCACUGGUUUGCCAGCCCUUAUGUGCGGAAGCUCACGUGGACUCCAGGAACGGAUCAAAUGCAGAUAGAAGUCCUUUCCUGGAUGGCCACCCCGUUGCAGCGUACUGUGAACAUAUCAGACGUUAGAACUCCUGAGACACAACGCCCUGCAGUCACAUUUGAAGCCAAUGGCAAUCUAUAUUAUGUUGAUAAGGAUACUUUCCCUCAUGCUGAACUUCUGAAGAAGCUUCUCAGGAAGUAAGCUCCUGACUCCUCACUUUCUAAAUAGCAUUUCUUUUUCUCAAGCUUUUGUGAGAAGCUGGUCAAAAACGUAAUGUGCUUUUGAGUAUUUUGCGUGGCUAGGAUGUUUAUCAAUGUGCAAAUUUUAGGUCUAUGAAUGGAUUCCUUCCCAUGAGUAUUUGUGCA